UAAAAAGGGGAGGGAGAGAGAAAUAUCCAGCCGAAGCUGUUAGUGCUGGUGGAAGAAAGAUGGCGGCGUCCAAGGUGAAGCAGGACAUGCCUCCUCCGGGAGGUUACGCUCCGUUUGAUUACAAGAGAAAUUUACCUAAAAGAGGGCUUUCUGGUUACAGCAUGUUCGGCAUUGGGAUUGGAGUGAUGCUGUUCGGCUACUGGAGGCUUUUCAAGUGGAACAGAGAGAGGAGGCGUUUGCACAUUGAGGAUCUCGAAGCUCGCAUCGCUCUCCUGCCUCUCCUACAGGCUGAACAUGACAGGAGGACGUUACGGAUGCUCCGGGAGAAUCUGGAAGAGGAAGCCGUCAUCAUGAAGGAUGUGCCCAGUUGGAAGGUGGGUGAAAAUGUUUUCCACACAGACCGCUGGGUCACUCCAACCACAGAUGAGCUCUUUAACCUUCGACCUCAGGAGGAGCUUUUGAACAAGAGGUUUGGCUUCCUGUGGUACGUUUAAGCUGCAGCUCGGCCUGGAGGAUCACCCACCUGUGUCUAAUCUGCUCUGUAAGAGAUGAGCGAGAGAGAGAGAGAGACAGGAGCAGUGUAUAAUGUUCAGACUGUAAAUGUUUCUAAUAUUAAAUAUGAUUUCUUUACUUCCA